AGUUCGUACAUCUGGCAACCAUGUAGACAAACUCGGCACUCCUGGCUCAGCGUAAACAUGUUUAGAGUCGGACGUUAUCCACAAAGGCCAUCACAUGAGUGCGUUUGGAGAAGUUAAUUAGUGCGUACUCGGUUAUUUCUUCCUCCUUUGCUUGUUUUUUUAGUAUGAUUUUUAUCGCUUGUUUAUUAACCACUCAGCCUCAGUCUUGAGGAAGCGCUUUUACACGCCACCUUUUUCACAGCAAAGUCCCACCAGUUAAACCAGGACUACACGGACAAACGGACCAGCCUGGGCUAAUUGUUGAAGAAGGAUGAAGUCACAUGCCAUCAUCCUGUGUCUUGGAUAUGUCCUCCUGACAUCAGCCCAAAGCAGUGCUAAGAAAGAAUGGACCAAACUCAUCCUGACUCACCACUGGCCACAAACGUUUUGCAGUAUGGAACAAUGCACUUCAAACUUUAGUUACUGGACCCUGCAUGGAUUAUGGCCUAACACUGGUAUUGAAUGCAACGUAUCCUGGCAUUUCAAUGCAAGUUUGAUUGAGGACCUUCUACCAGAAAUGAAGACAUUUUGGCCAAAUCUUCUUAAACCUGAAUCUAUAGUGUUCUGGAAGCAUGAAUGGACAAAGCAUGGGACAUGUGCUGCUAAAGCAGAGGCCUUGGACACUCAGCACAAAUACUUCAGCAAAGCCCUAGAGCUUUACCACAAGCUGGACCUUGAUGGCGUUUUAAAGAAGAGCAAUAUCGUUCCCUCUGAAAACUACUACAAGCUAGCAGAUGUGGAAGGAAGCAUCAGCAAUUCAUAUGGAGUAACCCCAAAAAUUCAGUGUGUUUCCCACACAAAGGAAAGUGAGUUCCAGACCUUGGGCCAGAUAGAGAUCUGUUUUGACAGGCAGUUUCAGCUUCUCGACUGUGAAAACAGCAUGGGUGAGCUUCAGAGUCGAGACAACGAAAUUCUACCGUAUGUCUCCAAUGACCACCCAGGAUUCAGUGUGUGUGAUGCCUCUGUGCCAGUCUACUACCCUCCACUGCAGACGCCACGCUUUCUUUAAAGCGUUGAGGUCUGCAAAACUUGAUGUGGUGCAAUCGGAUAUGAUGACACUGUAAUUCACGCUUGUCCUGUUUGUGCCUGUUGAAUAUGAAGCUCUUGAGGGAGCAGGGUUUUCUUGACGUCCAAAUUACAGUGCUAGUUUGGACAACACCUCGCAACAUAUGUGUGACCAGUGGACCUCCAGGUAUAGGCUAGUAAUUCUGUGCGUUCACAUGUAGACCACUGGAGGUCACCACUUGCUCUGUCAAUAACUCAAGCAGGCUGAAAAGUGUUUAUGAUGUUAUGUAAUCAUUAUGUUUUCACAAUGUACUCAGUUACCUCAUUUGGCUGUGGUACUCUGGUGGGGGGUGUGUGUGCGUCUGUGUGUGUGUGCGUCUGUGUGUGUGUGUGUGUGUGUCUGUUCUGGGGGGGGGUAAGUGAAAUAUAAACUUUUUUCCCAAAUUAAGGAAUGAAUAUCUAACCAGUAUGAAUUAAUUUAGAUUUAUAAUUAUUACCCAUGUUACGAGAAUCGAAUCCUUUUAAAACCAGUUCAUUAAAAGCACAUGAAGUUGUUCAUUUUGUACACAGUUCAUACUUAGUCUUUUACAGUACAUUUAAGAGGAUGCCAAGCAGUUGAGCUUCAUAGGCAGUCAUUAAGCUCAGAAUGCUAAUGUAAACCCUUAACCCACUGUACUGUAAUAUAGUCUGGCUUAUUAUACACAAUAAGCCUUAUUGCUGGUUAUGAUUAUGAUGUUAUCUCUCUUGUUCCAGAGUUGUUUCUUGUGUUUUCUCUAUACUGAAAAUAACUGAUUGAAAUUGGAGAUUUUUAUUUGCAUAUUUAUGCACACAUUUCAAACCAGUAUAGUGGACCGAAAAAAAAAAUAAAAAGAAGAGCUUUUCUUUA